AUGCCAGAGAAAGAAGAGCUUAAAAAGACAGACGAUUUGCCUGGUCUAGAAUUUGACGAGGAUAGUUACCACGAAUCCGAAGAUGAGGAUUUUGAUCCGAACAAAGAGCUAGACACCAGCACCGGAGGUCUACCGGCAUCUAAUAGCAUCAAAGGUUCAGAUAUUGGCUCUCCAGAAAAUUCAGACAGUGAUGCUGAUGGCUCAUUCAAUGACGAAGACAAUGAAGAAGAGAAGAAGUAUAACAGCAUUGUUAGUGAAAGUGGUGGUCUCAUCAAGACUAGAAGAGCAAGGUUACAGGAAGAGCAAGAUGCUUUGAAAAAUAAGUACGAGAAGUUAGAUGUUGGAGAAACGUCUGAAGGAUCUCUCGAUUUAUGGGCCAAAUUGAAGCAGCGUGCUUACGAAAGAGCGAGGUUCAAUGGCUCAGUAAUGGAUCAUGAAGCCGGCUCAGUCACAGAUUCAACGGAAGAAACUAAAAUAUUGAUUGAAAGAACAUACGUAUUUGCAGGAGAAGUUAUUAAGGAGAAAAAAUGGGUACCGCGGCAUAGUGCAGCUGCACAAGAAUACCUUAAUAGUAUCAAAUUCAAGAACGAUAAGAAGGCUACCAACAAUGGAGAUCAGAAACAGCAAUCACAGCAGCAAUCGCAACAGAAAAGACCUCAGGGGAAAAAUGAUUCCGGGCUUCCUUUGAAAAGACAUCUAAAGCGACCUCCAAUUCUAGAACAAAUCAUAUCUGGUGCUUUGAAGCCUAAACUUACAACUUUAGAAAAGUCCAAACUUGAUUGGGCAACCUACGUUGAUAAAGAAGGUAUUCAUGAAGAAUUGAACUUGCAUAAUAAGGAUGGUUACUUAGCAAAACAAGAUUUCUUGAAUAGAGUUGAGUCAUCAAAGGAUGAAAAAUAUAGAGAAAUACGGAAGUUACAGCUACUGCAAUCGGAGCAGCAGAAAUAG